CGGGAAAAUACGACUCUCGUAGAACGCACGCAUGCCACUCUCAGGUCACUUCCUGCAUCCUUGCCUCUUGUUGCUGGUUGCCAAUCUAUUUGGUCAUUUGCGAUUUCUUGUCGCCAAUCAUCUGUCAAAUGAGAUGUGGCCGUAGCGUUGCAAAUGAGAUAUGGCCGUAGAAAUGGUAUCGGUUUCUCGACUGCUAAGUUACUAUUUUCUUCUACGUAUGCCAUCUGUUGAUGAAGGGUGGAACUAAAAUUACGAUAGAACGCGGAAUCGUGAAAUCGAAUGCAGCGAUAUUCUGGCGAUAUCUCGAUUCUCCCUUUACGCAAUACGCGGUUUGCUCGCUUCCCAACAUUUCAAGAACACCUCAAGAAUGCAUGCUAAUAAGCGGAUAAGUCAUGUCAUGUACCAAAACAACUUACAAAACACGAAGAAUAAACCAUUCGCUAAGUUAUUUCAGAAGUGCUCGUAGCAGUCUCGAGUCAUGAUCUAAGAACUCCCCAGUGACCUUUCAUUACACGCCAUCAGUUUUUGCGAAUGUGUGUGCCCUGCGUGUGACUGUUCUGUUAUCGAUAAUAAGUGAGAUUUACGAUAGUUUCAACAUGACACCUUUAUCUACUGUAUUACAUACAAGUAGAUUCGUUUUGCGCAGGUGGCAAGGUUUGUUGUGUCAGGUUCAAAUUCCCUUACAUGAAUUCAAUAAAGCCUCAUUUGCCUCAAAUUCUAAUCAAGAAACAAAAAGUAAAGGUUAUGGUGCCACCGUUCUUGCCAUUGGCGGAAUUGCUACUGCUGCUGGAGUGUAUUAUUUCAUUGAAGGUACAAAACGACAGCAUCUUCAAAAUGCAUCAAAAGAAUUGGGAAAUGUAUCUGCAGGAAGUUUUAAAUGUGGUCUUCCAACAUACACUCUAGAUGAAGUUGCUACUCAUGCUUCCAAGGAAGAUGGAAUAUGGGUCACAUUUCGGCAAGGCGUGUAUGAUAUUACAAACUUUGUAGAUCAGCAUCCCGGGGGACAUGAAAAGAUUAGCAUGGCAGCAGGAGGAUCUGUUGAACCAUUUUGGCUCUUGUAUGGUGUUCACAAGACUCCUGGAGUCCUAGCUAUUUUAGAGAAAUACAGAAUAGGCAAGUCUAAAUACCAAGACACAAAUGCACGAAAUCUUUCUGAAGAAGAAGCAUCUGUUUCAAUAGCAGAUAUGGAAGAUCCAUAUGCAUUUGAACCACGAAGGCAUCCAGCUUUGAAACCAAGUAGUUUAAAACCUUUCAAUGCUGAACCUCCUAUGACAUUGCUAGUGGAUAGUUUUAUCACUCCUUCUGACCUCUUCUACGUUCGAAAUCAUUUACCUGUUCCAGAAGUUGAUGAAAAGUCUUACAGUCUAGAAGUCAGUGGUUUAUGUGUAAAGAACUCUUCUUUUAAUCUUGACGACCUCAAAAAGUUUCCUAAGUACUCAGUCACUGCCACCAUUCAAUGUGCUGGCAAUAGAAGAAGUGAAAUGGUAAAUGUGAAGCCAGUGAAAGGUCUUAACUGGGGUCAAGCUGCCAUUGGGAAUGCCACGUGGUCAGGAGCACGGUUAAUUGAUGUUCUCAAGGCAUCAGGAUUCAAAGAUAAUAAUCUGAAAGUUCAACACAUUCAAUUUGAAGGCCUGGAUACUGAUUCAGCUCAUGUUCCUUAUGGUGCAUCAAUACCUGCUGAGAAAGCAUUAGAUCCCCGUGGAGAUGUGAUUCUAGCAUAUGAAAUGAAUGGUCAACCUAUCCCCAAAGAUCAUGGAUUCCCUGUUCGAGUUAUUGUGCCUGGAAUUGUUGGAGCUCGAAAUGUGAAGUGGUUGGGAAGGAUAGUUGUGUCUGAGGUAGAAAGUGAUUCACAUUGGCAGCAAAAUGAUUAUAAAGGAUUUUCUCCCAGUGUUGAUUGGGAUACUGUUGACUUCUCAAAGGCACCUGCUAUUCAGGAGCUCCCUGUUGUAUCUGCUAUUUGUGAACCUCUGGAAGGUGCAACUGUGAAGUUAGAGAACAACAAGCUGGUCGUAAGAGGUUAUGCUUGGUCAGGGGGAGGCAGAAGAAUUAUCAGGGUGGAUGUGACUGCUGAUGGUGGAAAAACAUGGCAUGUUGCAGAUUUUACAGAUCAGAAUGAUAAUAAAGUUCCUUAUCAUUGGGCCUGGACGCUCUGGAAGGCUGAAAUUCCUGUCACUCAAAAUGUGAAGAAGGUAGAAAUAUGGGCUAAGGCUGUUGAUUCUUCAUACAACGUGCAACCAGAACGUUUUGAGAACAUUUGGAAUCUCAGAGGAGUUUGUGGAAAUGCAUACCAUAGAGUCAAUGUCAACAUAAAAAAAUAAUAUACCAGCUGACUCUAUGUAUAAAAUCAGAAUGUUUUCACGAUGCUGGAAUCCUGUAGGAGAACCAGGAGAAAAUGCAUUUCACAUACAGGGAAUGUCAACAUAAUGUACAUUAUUUCUUCAUGAUUUGUUGCAUCAGGAACGAAAUAGCAAUGAACUGCUGCCAAUAGGUUUUUAUGUAUAAAUAUUUCACUUUUUUUUUUUUUGGUAUAUAUUUCAGCCACACUGUGGCAAACAAUACACGUUUUAGUAGAUCACUGCUCUUUGAGAAUACAGAUGCCUACAAAACUGAUUAUAAAGACAUUUCUUAUUUACAAUUGUUGUCACUAUAUCUAUACUUCAUGCUGAUUCUACAUAAUGUACAUGGUUUGCUCUCUGUGGCACAUAUUAAUGCCCAGAGAUUCUGGGUGUAGUAUUUUAUACACGGUUGUUAAUUUACAUUGAAUGUGAAGUUGUAUUAUACUAUAUAUUUGUUAUUGUACACUAUUUUUGGAUGUGCUUAAAGAUACUCGUUUUUAAGAUUUUGUUGAAUUUUGUUACUGAUGAAUCAUAUUUUGUAUUUGAUAAUAAAAUAGUUUUAAGUAAAUAUUUUUGAUUUUUGCUUGUGAAGCUCAGCAUCGGGCAUUUCA